AAGCGUCGUAUGAAAAGUCCCGGCGUAGUCCCUCUCAAACUUCUCCCUGCUGGUAUAAUGCCGGCUAGUAUUGUUGGAAGUUGUCAAAGAUAGUAUUGUUGCCAAAAUGGGUCCUGAAUUUUCUAUCAUCUAUAUUUUAUUGUUAUCUGCAUAUGCAAGUGCGGACGCACAGCAACAAACGGAGGAAAGCUUAGUACAACUCAAUGAGAAUAAUUGGGAUCUUAUGCUCACGGGAGAAUGGAUGAUUGAAUUUUAUGCUCCAUGGUGUCCUGCAUGCAAAGCACUUGAACCAAUCUGGGAGGAUCUGGCAUUAUCAAAGAAGAACCUCAAUAUUAAUGUUGGAAAAAUAGACGUGACAGAUUCUCCAGGUCUUAGUGGUAGAUUUAUGGUUACAGCUUUACCUACAAUAUUUCAUGUAAACAAUGGGAUAUUUAGACAAUAUAGAAGUCCAAGGGAUAAAGCCUCAUUAAUUGAUUUUGUUUCUAAAAAGACAUGGACAAAAGUUGAUCCAAUACCUAGUUGGAAAAGUCCAACUUCAUUUCAUAUGUCAAUUUUAAGUCAAUUCUUUAAACUGUCUCAAGUAUUACGAGGUAUUCAUAAUAAACUUUUGGAAGAUAUUGGGUUACCUACAUGGGGCAGUUAUUUAAUUUUUGCUGUUGCAACAAUUAUUUUAGGCGCAAUAUUAGGACUAUUUAUUGUAUGCUUGAUCGACUUUAUUUAUCCACCAAAACCUGCGCAACAACAAAGCAAAAAGAAACAAGAUGGUGCAUUGGAUAAUUCCAUACAUGAAAGAAAUUUGUAUGAGGAUGAAAUUGCUGAAAACGUUGGAGAUGAUUUAGUAGAUGAAGAAGAAUCUGAAGCAGAGGAAUUUGAAAAAAAAGACACUGAGGUAAAGAAGCUUGAAACGAAUGAAAAAGAUAAGGAUAUUAAAACUGAUACUAAUAGUCCUAAUGUUCGCAAGCGUAAGCCUCGCAAGGCUGAUUAGAAAUAAAAUUUGUUUUAUGUAAAUAUUUAACAAUUAUGAAUCAAUUAAGACUAACUUUUGUGGUAUAUUCCAAAAUCAUUUUUACAUUGAGAUUAUAUGUGUGAUAUGACAUAAUAUUUCUCUCUUAUAUCUCAAAACUAGAUAAUUAUAU